AUGGGCCGUCCGCUGACACCCGCGUCGCUCCUGCGUCUGCGCUCCGCUGCUUGCUUGUUGCGUCAACCCUCUCGCGCUUUCUCUUCCCGGCCAUGCUCGGCCUCCCUCGCUUCCCUGCCUCCGGCUUAUCUGCCUUCUCGUCCUCGGCCCUUGGCUUCCUCUAUCUUAUCUAGACAUCUCCACACACCCCCCGCUGCCCGCAAAGAGGUUCCAUCAACUACCACAUCUCCUCGAUCACAACCAUCUACUCUUAGUGAAAACGAAAAUGAAAAUGACAAAGACAAAGACAGCGACGGCUUCGAAUUGACCGAGAAAGCGCAAAAGGCUGCGCUCGUCGACCUCUCCGCCCGUCUUUCCAAGCGCGAAGCCCCGCCGAAAACCGCCGGUCUCGACGAAAUCAAGCGAUUGUUCACGCUCGCAAAGAGAGAGACCUGGCCUAUGACCGGCGCCUUCGUCCUGCUCUGUCUUUCCUCCGGCGUCACCCUCGCCGUCCCCUUCUCCAUCGGCAAGAUCCUCGAUAUCGCUACCAGCAACUCGGCCGAUGCCACCAUCUUCGGCAUGACCCUGCCGCAGUUCUACGGCGUGCUCGGCGUCGUUUUUAUUGCCGGCUGCACCGCGAACUUUGGUCGUGUCGUAAUCCUCCGCGUCGUGGGCGAGCGUCUCGUUGCCCGUCUGCGCUCGACGCUCUAUCGCCAGACCGUGACGCAGGACGCUGAAUUCUUUGACGCGAACCGUGUCGGAGACCUCAUCUCGCGCCUCUCGAGCGACGCAAACAUCGUCGCAAAGUCGCUCACCCAGAACCUCUCCGACGGACUGCGCGCGGUCGUCUCCGGUGUCGCGGGUCUCUCGAUGAUGGCCUACGUGAGCUUGAAGCUGACGGCGGUGAUGAUGGUCAUCGUCCCGCCUGUUGCUAUCUUCGCCUUUAUCUACGGUCGACGGAUCCGCAAUAUCGCGCGCGAGACGCAGCAAGCGCUCGGAGAGGCUACGAAAGUCGCCGAGGAACGACUGAGCAACAUCCGCACCGCGCAGUCGUUUUCGGGAGAAAUCACCGAGGUCAGGCGGUAUAACUACCGCAUCCGCGAAAUCUUCAAUCUCGGCAAACGCGAAGCCUACUACAGCGCCAUGUUUUUCAGUCUGACGCGGUUCUCUGGAAACCUGACGAUCCUCGCGAUCCUAGCCGCGGGCUCGUCGAUGGUCACCUCGGGAGCAAUCUCGAUCGGUGAGCUGUCGUCGUUCAUGAUGUACGCUGCCUACACCGGCGGCUCGAUGUUUGGACUCUCGACUUUCUACGCAGAGUUGAUGAAGGGUGUUGGUGCGGCAAGUCGGUUGUUUGAGCUCGAGGAUCGCAAGCCAAAGAUCAAGACUACGAUCGGAAAACCGGUGCCGAAUAACGGACGGGGCGAGAUCGAGUUCCGAGACGUGGCGUUUGCGUAUCCGACCAGACCUGCUGUGCAUAUCUUUAACGGGCUCUCGUUCAAGGUCCUGCCGGGCAAGAAUGUUUGUAUUGUUGGCCCGUCGGGUGCGGGAAAGAGUACUGUUGGCCAACUUCUAAUGCGUUUCUACGACCCCACUGGCGGAAGCAUCCUUCUUAACGGCGAAGAUAUCAAAACCUUCAACUUAAAGUCUCUGCGACGAACAAUCGGCGUCGUGUCACAGGAGCCGGUGCUGUUCUCGGGCACGAUCGCAGAGAACAUUGCGUACGGAAAGAAGACGGCUAGUCGUGCGGAAAUCACGGCGGCUGCGCGCAAGGCGAAUUGCGAUUUUAUCCAGGACUUCCCCGAUGGACUGGAUACGCAGGCUGGAGCGCGUGGAACACAACUUAGCGGUGGCCAAAAGCAGCGGAUUGCAAUUGCGCGGGCGCUGAUCCGGGACCCUGCGAUUCUGAUUCUCGACGAAGCCACGUCAGCUUUGGACGCCGAGUCCGAGUCUGCGGUGAACGACGCGCUCGUGCGCCUGAUGAAGAGCAACACGACGACAGUUUCGAUUGCGCAUCGAAUGUCGACGAUCAUGAAGAGCGAUUACAUUAUCGUGCUGAACGGCGAGGGACAGGUUGCCGAGCAAGGCACGUUCAAGGAGCUGAGUUCGAAUCCGGAUACGUUUUUCUCAAAAAUGCUGCUGGAUAACCAGAUUCCGUCAAAGGACGAAGGAGUGCUGGAUCCGGCGGGAGAUAGAGAGUUGAUUAAGGAGGAAGAAGAUCUUUUGAAGGAAAAGUUACUCGAAGAGCUUGAGGAGGAAGAAGCGCAGCAGGCCGAGCAGGAAAAGGACCGAGUGACGCCUUUCAGCCCUUAA